CACGCAUCAGACGAAGCCGGAUGACAGUACUAAUUUUUAGGCUCCGAUCGAAAUACUCGUUCAUAAUGAAUCGUAAAAAUUUCUAGUCGAUUUGGCUAAAAUGCCCGCCCCAUCGAAAGCAACCGUCCUCUCUUCCUCAGACGCUGUCGCCCAUCUAGCAUCUUACCAAUGCUUAGAUGGCCUCUCCGUCAAUGAUCUCAUGGACUCCCGCGUUCAUGGAGGUCUCACUUAUAACGACUUCCUCAUGCUUCCCGGAAAGAUCGAUUUCCCUGCUUCUGAUGUGAUCACCGAUAUCAGAAUCACUCGUAAUGUCGUUCUUAAAACUCCAUUUAUGAGUAGUCCUAUGGAUACCGUCACCGAGACCGAUAUGGCCAUCAGUCUUGCCCUGCUGGGUGGUAUUGGUGUCAUUCAUCAUAACCAGUCCCCCGAAUCUCAAGCGGCUAUGGUCCGAGCCGUAAAAAGGCAUGAGAAUGGUUUCAUCGCGGAUCCUGUCGUCUUCUCUCCGAAUCACACGGUUGCAGAUGUCCUUGACAUCAAGGCACGUCUUGGUUUCUGUGGUAUUCCUAUCACAGAAACCGGAUGCCUGGGAGCUAAGCUUGUCGGUGUCGUCACCUCACGCGACGUGCAAUUUGAGUCGCCCGAGACACUCCUUGGCGAGUUCAUGACUACGUCUCUUGUCACCGCUCCCCAGGGCGUCACGCUCGCAGAGGCCAACCAGAUCCUCCGAUCCUCCAAAAAGGGUAAACUUCCAAUCGUCGAUAACCAAGGUCGUCUCACCUCUCUCCUCGCUCGCUCUGACCUCCUCAAAAACCAAAACUACCCACUUGCUAGCAAGAAUCCCAACAGCAAGCAGUUAUAUGCUGCAGCUGCAGUCGGCACGCGACCCAGCGACAGAGAGCGCCUCAAGCUUCUCGUCGAGGCUGGUCUCGAUAUCGUCGUACUUGACUCGUCACAGGGCAACUCCGUCUUCCAGAUCGACAUGAUUCAGUGGAUCAAGCAGACGUUCCCCAAGCUCGAGGUCAUCGCAGGCAACGUCGUCACGCGUGAGCAAGCUGCCAACCUCAUCGCCGCUGGGGCAGAUGCUCUUCGCGUCGGCAUGGGUAGCGGCUCCAUUUGUAUCACACAGGAGGUCAUGGCUGUUGGCCGCCCACAAGCCACAGCUGUGUUUGCCGUUGCUGAGUUUGCAUCCAAGUUCGGUAUCCCAGUGAUAGCAGAUGGUGGUAUCAGCAAUGUCGGUCACAUUGUCAAGGCACUUUCUCUUGGUGCAAGUGCUGUGAUGAUGGGAGGGCUUCUUGCAGGCACUGCAGAAGCUCCGGGAGAGUACUUCUACCACGAUGGGAAGCGUGUGAAGUCCUACCGAGGCAUGGGUAGUCUUGAGGCUAUGGAGCAGGGUAGACCUGGCGCGUCUGAUCAGGCCAAUGGCAAGCCCGGCUCUACGAAGCAUGCCCCACACCUUUCGAGUAAGUCACAUGAGAACGCUGCGACGACGCGCUAUUUCUCCGAGUCCUCCGCUGUCAAAGUCGCUCAAGGCGUGUCGGGUGAUGUCCAAGACAAGGGCAGCGUCAAGGCGUUCGUUCCAUAUCUACACGUCGGUGUCCAGCACAGUCUUCAGGACAUUGGCGUGCGCAGCGUUUCGGAGCUACAGGCAGGCGUGAAGGAGGGUCGUGUGAGGUUCGAGAUAAGGACGCCGAGUGCUCAGGUGGAGGGAGGUGUUCAUGGAUUGCAUUCGUAUACGAAGAGAUUGUAUGCCUAAUACGACGGUUUACGCUAUUACCCUGUAUUAUACAUGUAGAUUCCUGCAUCGUAUGCAUAAAAACAAAGGAAAAUUGUAUGUACAUCAUUAUUGAUCAGAGGAAGUUGUGGUCAUG